AUGAUUGACAUACGAAAUUUUUUGCAAAAGAAACGCAAGAUAGAAUUAAGUCCAUCAAGUAUAAAUGAAGGCAAUCAUGACAUAGGUAAUUUAAGUAAUUUAAGUACUAAUAGUUCUAAUAGUAGCCAACAAAAAGAAGUGCCACAACUCCUUCAUCAGUUGACUGUUGGUGCUAAUAAAUUAGAUAUUGGACUGUAUUUGAAUUCCUACGUUGAUGACGAAUUACGUUUAAAGUUAUUGAAGGACCUCUGGGUUCCAUCAAAAAUAUAUGACUUCAAAAAAGAUUUUACCAACGGCUCUACGAGAGUAUUUCGUAUAGAAUGGUUUGCACUUUAUCCAUGGCUAAGUUACUCAGCUGUUUCUAAAGGCCACUAUGUCGCGUUUGUGUAUUAUUUCGACCUCGAGUACAUAGAGGUUUCAAAAGCUCAUGAAAUUAGUAUUUGGCAUAAAGACGCAAUUAAUGCGUCACAACAUUUUUUAAACUCAAAAGAGAGAAAACAAUUGAGUGUUCAUGAGCAAAUAGAUUCGGCAUUUAAUAGAGAAAUAGAAGAAAACAGGGUGAAACUUCGUUCUAUCAUAUCGUCAAUCUUAUUUUGUGCAAAGCACGAUCUUCCACUAAGAGGUAAAAAUGACGAAGGUUCAGUUUAUACAGAUUUAUUACAAUUCCGUGUCGAAUCGGGGGAUGAAGUUUUGAAUAAGCAUUUAAAGUCUGGAGCUAAAAAUGCGUUAUAUAUCUCACAUGAAGUUCAAAAUGAACUAAUUAAAACUUGUGCUAAUGUACUUCGACAAAACAUUAUUGAAGAAGUGAAACUUUCAUCUGUUUUUUCGGUCUUAGCUGACGAGACUGCCGAUAUAAGUGGCACCGAACAAUUGUCAAUAGGUGUUCGGUAUUUGUUUUACGACGUUAAGUUUCAAAAACACAAAAUUUGUGAAGAAUUUCUUGGUUACUCGCCUCUUACAAAACUAGAUUCUAAAUCCAUUGCCAAAACCAUCAUUGAAUUUUUAGAAAGUUGUAAUUUAGAUUUGAAUCGACUUGUGGGCCAAGAAUAUGAUGGAAGCGCUACAAUGGCUGGCAUAUAA